GACUCUCUGUGUCAAGAUUAUUGCAGACUUAGUCUUACUAGUCUUAGUCAGUUUAUCUACUUUUGUAAAGACAAAGUCUAACUUAGAGUAAUCUAGUCAAUCUAAAUAUAGUAAAGUGCGAAGCUCGAACAGCCCUGAUUUGUAUAGAGUCUAAAUAUAUAGCAAGUAGGGGUUUACAAAAAAAAAAUGGCAUCUGAAGAUUUUGAUGCUUAUGAUUUACCAACAGCAUCUCCACCUAAACCCCAUCAAGGGCAUAAAAAAACUUGGCAAGAGCUUCGAAAUGCAGCAAGAGAAAUUAGAAAAAACAUAACAAGAAUCACUCCCUCACCUCCUGGCAACUUCCAGUUUAGGGAAAUAUCUUCCGACAUGGAAGAUCCCUACACUCGACUCUAUUUUCUUGGUGUGCCUGAGAAAGGACGAGACAGUACCCUCCUCAAAGUAGACAUAGAUGAUUCUACCGACUCUGAAUCUGGAAAUGAACAAUCCCAAAGUGCACUUUUCUGGAUUUCACCCGUAUUUGAGCGACAGCCAAACACCAAUGCAGUGCCUAUGUCCAGGGAAGAGCAGCUGAUGAGAGAGAGGAAGAGGCUUGGCUCUUAUGGUUUGACGGCAUACGAGUUUCUAGCUGAAGACGGCUUGUUUAUCUUCCCUGCUAACAAUAGCUUAUAUGUUUGCUAUGACAAUGAUUCCUUAGAUGUUCCUACAGAAAUUCCAACAUCAACAUUUGGGGCACGUCUUGACCCCAAGAUCUGCCCUUGUAAUAGUGAUAUGGUAGCCUUCAUACAUGAAUUGGACGUCUGGUUGACCUGCCUCCAUUCUGGGAAAGAAAUUAGAUUAACACAUGCACAUAAAGGAGAUGUUCGUUUAGAAGAUGAUCCUAUUAGCGCAGGGGUGCCAGGAUUUGUUAUACAAGAAGAAUUUGAUAGGUACACAGGCUACUGGUGGUGUCCCAAGUUUCAGAGACUUCCAGAUGGUAGAAAAAUGUAUCGUUUACUCUAUGAGGAGGUGGAUGAAACAGAUGUAGAAAUUUUGUCUAUAUUUUCACCCACUGGCCAGGAACCCAACUGUUCUGAACUAUACAGGUAUCCCAAGGCAGGUGCUAACAAUGCCUACAGCAAUUUAAAACUAUUAGAAAUCAUCAUUUCAUUCUCAGGGGCAAUAACUCAGGUGGAAGAUAUUCAGGUGAAAGAUUUGUGCAUGAAGGAAGCUCUGUUUGAUGCUUGUCCUUGGGCAGAGUACCUGUCAAGAGCAGGCUGGACUCCUGAUGGGAAGUAUAUCUAUGCAGUUUUGAUUGAUAGAUUACAGAUGAGACAGGCUGUCAUGCUUAUCUCCCCUUCUAUAUUCUACACUGCUACCACACCAGGUUCCUGUUCGUCUUUCAUCCAGUGUAUAUAUGAAGAAACAUCCGAUAUUUGGAUCAAUGUCCACGAUCUUUUACAUUUUUUCCCUCAAACCUCAGAGAGUGAAAUUUCAUUCAUUUACGCCUCCGAGAAGUCAGGCUACCGUCAUCUGUACCUCAUCAAAUCACAGCUGUGUUUAGUCAUGAAUGGAAACAAGAGUCUUCAGAUAGGACAGGGAGACCAAACAGACAGCUAUGUCAGCUGCAAGGUCAUCAGUGAGGUGCCUAUUACAUCAGGUCAAUGGGUGGUUCUACCAAAAGAGCUUUGGGUUGACGAGUCCAAACAUUUGGUCUAUUUUAUGGCCUUGAAAGAUUCUCCAUUAGAGUCUCAUUUAUACGUCACAAGGUAUGACCAACCAUCACCAGUGCAGCAGCUAACACAGCCUUGCCAUUCCCACUCUGUCCAUAUUAGUCAGGACUUCAGUAAAUAUGUCACAGUGUACAGUUCUUUAAAUUCACCCCCACAAAGUGCAGUCUACAAGAUAGUACACACAGAGUGGGGACACAUUAGAGCGUCCUACCUCGGCUCCUUGACACCAAAAAUAGACACUUUUGGCUACACACCUCCAAAUCUGUUCCAAUAUCCCAGCAGAGCUGGCCACGUAGCUUAUGGCUUAUACUUCCUUCCUCGCAUGCGUGAGCCAGGCAAGAGAUACCCGACAGUUUUGUUUGUCUACGGAGGUCCUCAGGUCCAGAUGGUGAGCAACUCAUUCAAAGGGCAAAGAUUUCUACGCCUGCAUACAUUAGCAGCUGAAGGCUACGUUGUUGUAGUCAUUGAUGGAAGGGGCUCAAGUAACAGAGGUUUACAUUUUGAAGGAGUACUCAAAAAUAGUUUGGGCACAGUGGAAAUUACAGAUCAAGUGGAAGGCCUGCUGUGGCUGGCAUCACAGAAUGAUUUCAUAGACAUGUCCAGAGUGGCCAUUCAUGGCUGGUCGUAUGGUGGCUAUCUAUCACUCAUGGGACUGGCACAAAGAGGUGAUAUUUUUAAGGUGGCUAUAGCUGGUGCCCCUGUUGUCAGCUGGGAGCUGUAUGAUACUGGCUACACAGAAAGGUACAUUGGCCUUCCUCAGAGUAACCCAGAUGUUUACAAGGCAGGGAAUGUGCUGACUUACAUAGACAUGUUGCCAGAUAAUGAGACCAAACUUCUGCUGAUUCACGGCCUGAUCGAUGAGAACGUUCACUUCCGCCACUCCAGUGUUUUAAUCAAUCACCUUGUCACCUCUUGUAAACCUCACCAGCUUCAAAUUUACCCCAAUGAACGGCAUGGUAUACGCAACCAUGAAGCUAGUGAACACUACAAGACCACGGUGCUGAAGUUCCUGCAGGAUUACUUAUGAUGAUCUGUGCUGGCCAACUUCUCUUUCAAACAUUUGUGAUUUUUGUAAAUAUUGUAUGAUUGGAUGAGUGGCUUUCCCCUUCAGGCCUCUUAUCAUCUGUGUGAAGGUCAAUGUUGAAUGUGAAGGCCAUUUGUACACAUUUCUGAGCUUGUAGAGUUUUUAACUUGUAUGAUGAAAGAAAUAAAUUGUAAAUAAUGAAAACAAAAAGAUGUAAGAGCUGUGUGUGUUUGAGAUGGGAGGCUAAAGUUUGAAUCUUUACUGUCAGACUCUUUUCUUGUCAUUGUUAAUGUGGCCUUUGUAGUGCUGUAGGAAGAAGACUUUGUUUUGUUAGUCAUCAAUUUGAUUGGUAGGUAUAAAUAGAAAACAGGAAUACCCAUUCAAGCUUACUUUUAAAAGAAUUCAAUUAUUUUCACACUAUGUAAAUUGCGCUGUCUUGAAAAGAUAUUGACACACUUGGAAAGUGUACAAGAUAACAAUAGGAGCGCAGAUAAGUGGGUCUAACUGUUUGCAUGAAUUCACUUAGAAUACAGAUAGGAAAAGAACGGGACUUGUAGGAUGUUUGCAAAAAUGUAUUUGGUUUCUGAUAAAAUUAUUUAAUAAGAUCUGAAAGACUUUAUGUACAAGUUAUACAACACUCUGGUUCCAUUGGAUAAAUGAUUAAUAACAUUCUAAACCUGGCUAAAAAAAAUUAAUACACCAUUUAAAUAGUUUUAUAUCUCUAGUGCUGCCUUUGGGAAAUUGAACUCUUUAAAAAUACUCCUACCUUUUCUCUUUUUGAUGAUAAUUGUUCUUGCAGUAAAAAUUCCCCAGAGGCUUCAAGAUCAACAUACUGUAUUUAAUUUUUGGAUGCCGCUGUGACAUUUAUGUGUUCCUCUUCAGACUUCUUGAGGAACUACUUCCUAUUGUACACUAUCUUCUAGAUAUGAAUACACGUUGACAAAACCAGUCACUUAGAUGAAAAUUGCUCAAUUUUAAUUCUUUUUUUAAACAAUUUGAAAUUACUGCUGUGUUGUUAUUGUUUUUUUUUACAUUAUCUAAUUUUUUAAAAAUAUCUCUAUUCAAUUAGCACAACCGAAGUGGGUAAAACCCUGAAGGGUGGACACGGUGGGUUUUUGAAAAUGGCUCCGAUUUUUCUAGAAAUUUGACAGUUGAUGUAUAUCAUUUGAAAAAGAAUUACUAGCUUGUUGGUCACACUAGAAAACUAUAGUUUGAGCGUUAUAAUUUUUCAAAUUAUAAAAAAAAAAUAUUAAUUUUAAAAAAAGCUAGAGGACCUGAAAAUAUUCAUCUUAAACCGACAUCUUCUGGUGUAUUUCUGCAUUCAAGAGUUUGAUAAAUAAUUGUUCAGGAACAUUUUACACAAUGUCUUCUAAGUGUAUAUCUAAAGACCUAUCACUAGAAUAUUAUAAGGUCUUGUAGAUUGAUACAUUCGGUGAAGCAGGAUUUUUUUUUGG